CUAAAAGAAUGGAAUAUGACAGGGAAAAAGAAGAACAACAGGAAAAAAAGAAGCAAAUCUAAGCAGCACCAAGGCAGUAAAGAUCCUAAAAACAAGAAUGGUGGACCUGAGAAGCCAUCUGAAGAGGCCCAGGGAAAGUAUGACUGCCAUGUUAAUGGAUGCUCUAAGGACAUCUCUUGCAGUGGUUCUGCCAAUCGGAAACUGGAAGCCACUUCUCUUAAGAAAAAGGGCUCAGGAUUUGCAGAGUCGGCGCUGGUCUCUCCAGAAGUCACAGACAAAGAACGAGAACACCAGAAAGGAACUGUGGAAUUAAGCCCAAAGACCAAAGACCAUGGAGUAGAACAACACGAGUCUCUCCAGUCAUCAGUUCAACUCCAGUGUAACCUAGGCAAGCCAAAGUCAAAAUCUUCCUCAGUUAAAUCAUCCAACACUACGACUCCACCUGAAACAAAGACAGAUGAUUCAGUCAAAAAAAGAGGGCCAAACAUUGAAAAAUCAGUAAAAGACUUGCAGCGUUGCACUGUUUCUCUGAGCAGGUAUCGUAUGAUGAUCAAAGAAGAAGUGGAUAAUUCAGUGAAGAAGAUCAAAGCUGCUUUUGCAGAAUUACACAGCUGCAUUGUAGACAAAGAAGUGUCAUUAAUGGCAGAAAUUGAUAAAGUUAAAGAAGAAGCCAUGGAAAUCCUGACUGCUCGGCAGAAGAAAGCUGAGGAGCUCAAGAGACUGACAGACCUGGCCAGUCAAAUGGCUGAAGCACAACUAUCUGAACUCAGGGCUGAAAUUAAGCACUUUGUGAGUGAACGGAAGUAUGACGAAGAGCUGGGCAGGUCUGCACGAUUCUCCUGUGAUACAGAACAGCUGAAGACCCAAAUUCAGCUCUGUGGAGAAAUUUCUCAUCCAAAGAACAACUAUUCCUCAAGAACACCAUGUAGUUCAGUGUUGUCUUCAAUGACCACGCAUGGAACAACUGGCAAACAAAAUACGCACAGCCGAAAGUCUUCUGGUAAUGCCAAGAACUCUGAUAACAAAGCAGGCAGCACCAAAGCACAAAGUCAUCUUUCUUCCAACGCUGCAGAGCCUUCUUCCCAAGGAGCUGUGACAAAUAAGCAGAAUGGGCCUUCUAGCCAGAGACGAAGAUUCAACCCUCAGCACCAAAAUGUCCGGCUCAAUGGAUCCCUUAAGUCACAAGGUGCCAGUAACGAGGCAGAUCAAAACACUACAAAGAGUGGUUCCAGGUCUGAACACAGAAGACAGCAGCACAACAGCUUCAGAUCUAAAAAUAAAGGAGCUGUGAAAAAUCAAGAGCAGUCCACAACGACAAGGACCGCAGAGCAUGUGCCGCACUCGGAAAAGAGCAGACGGAAGCAUCCCACGGCAGAUGUGGCAGAUCACAGGCCUUUCCAAGGCAGUGUUGGCAGGGUGUCACAGUGCAAUUUAUGCCCUGCAAGGAUGGAGGUCUCUGCUGAUGCCACUGUUCUUUCAGUGCCUGCUGUGACUUUGGUGGCUUAAAAUGUCUCAGUUAUGGCAGGCAGAGGAAUUUAAUCUCUUCAUUUUAGUUUCUUGCUCAAGAUGCUUGUCGA